AUGACACUCUCGAGAGCAGGCUACCAGGGAGCCGUGGAGUUGGCCCUCUCACACCUGUCUGUGAAGGCAGUGACUCUCAGCCCUGAGUCCGAACAGCUGAAGAACCUGCCCCGUCCCAAGACACUGCCUCUUGUAGUGAUUCUCGGGGCCACCGGCACCGGCAAGUCCACGCUGGCGUUGCAGCUAGGCCAGAAACUCGGUGGCGAGAUCGUCAGCGCUGACUCCAUGCAGGUCUAUGAAGGCCUAGACAUCAUCACCAACAAGGUGUCCGCCCAGGAGCAGAAGAUCUGCCAACACCAUAUGAUCAGCUUUGUGGAUCCUCUUGUGACCAAUUACACAGUGGUAGACUUCAGGAACAAAGCGACUGCUCUGAUUGAAGAUAUAUUUGCCCGAAACAAGAUUCCUAUUGUUGUGGGAGGAACCAAUUAUUAUAUUGAGUCUCUGCUCUGGAAAGUUCUUGUCAGUACCAAGCCCCAGGAGAUGGGCACUGAGAAAGUGACUGACCGGAAAGAAGAGCUGGAAAAGGAGGAUGGCCAUGUACUGCACAAACGCCUGAGCCAGGUGGACCCGGAAAUGGCCGCCAAGCUGCACCCACAUGAUAAGCGCAAAGUGGCCAGGAGCUUGCAAGUGUUUGAAGAAACGGGAAUCUGUCAUAGCGAAUUUCUUCGUCGUCAACAUGCAGAGGAAGGUGGGGGGCCCCUGGGAGGCCCUCUGAAGUUCCCUAACCCUUGCAUCCUCUGGCUUCAUGCUGACCAGACAGUUCUAGAUGAGCGCCUGGACAAGAGAGUGGAUGACAUGCUGGCUGCUGGGCUCUUGGAUGAACUCAGAGAUUUUCACAGACGCUAUAAUCAGAGGAAUGUUUCAGAAGAGAGCCAGGACUAUCAGCAUGGUAUCUUCCAGUCAAUUGGCUUCAAGGAAUUUCACGAGUACCUGAUCACUGAGGGACAGUGCACACCAGAGACUAGUAACCAGCUUCUAAAGAAAGGUAUUGAGGCACUGAAACAGGUCACUAAGAGAUAUGCCCGGAAGCAAAACCGAUGGGUCAAAAACCGGUUUUUGAGCAGACCUGGUCCCAAUGUGCCUCCUGUGUAUGGCUUAGAGGUGUCAGAUAUCUCAAAGUGGAAGGAGUCCGUCCUUGAACCUGCUCUUGACAUCGUGCAGAGUUUCAUCCAGGGCCACAAGCCUACAGCCGCUCCCAUGAAGAUGCCAUACAAUGCCACUGAGAACAAGAGAAGUUACCACAUGUGUGACCUCUGUGAUCGAGUCAUCAUUGGGGACCGUGAAUGGGCUGCACAUAUAAGAUCCAAAUCCCACUUGCACCAACUGAAGAAAAGAAGAUUGGAUUCAGAUGCUGUUCCUACCAUAGAAAAUCAGAGUAUUUCCCCAGACCGUGACAAAGAAUUUAAAGAGAAGGGAUCCCAAGGGCAGAAUGAUCAAGAACUGAAAUUCAGCAUUUAAAUCGCAUGCCCGGUGGCACUUGCGGAGGUGGCAGGAAUCCAUGUCAGGAGAGAGGGAGAUGACAGUCUCUUAGGCCAGGCUGCGGGGAGCUCCCACUGUUUUCUUUCACUCGGAGGUUUGGUCUUAAAGCCUCCUGUUCUCAGAAAUGGAAACAGCAGGUCUUGUCAGCUCCUUGUGUAGCUGAUGUGUCUGGUAUUUUUGUAUUAAUAGUUUAGGAAGGGAUUGUUUUGUUUUUAAUUGCUACAGGACACGUGCACUCACCAAAGAGAGAGAGAAAGCAUCCUGCCAGUGAGGCAUGGUCACACCACAAUCU